UGGGAGGCGCCUACCGAGUUUCAGUCGCGUAACGUGAGCUGGUGGAAAGCUGUCGAGGUGGUGUUGGCGCCGCACACCGCCGAGGCGCAGACCGUGACGGUGUCCGCGAACGCGACGGUGGUGGACUCGGUGUCGCCGCGCGCCGUGGUCGUGAAGAUGUGGCAUGUAGUUCGGUGUAUCCCGGGCUCGCGCUCUCUGGUGUCUUCAGCCGUGAUGUUGCAGCCGUUGGUGGUGGAGAGCAGAGAGGACGAGCCGGCGCCGCUGUCGCUGAGGGCGUUGAACGUGCUGAUGGAGUCGCUGGACCAGUCCGCGGUGUGGCCGGAGUACUGGUCCGUGGACGUGGAAGUUCACGGGCGCGACCUCGGCGUUUCUGUGAGCGGCUUGGCUCUCGACGGGAAUUCGUCGGAGGUGGAAGAGCGUGGUGGGCGUGUCGAACGUGUCAGCGGCGACGCUGGCUUGGAACGCUUUGUCGGCGGGCCGGUGGCGUCGUUUGCGGGUGGCUUCCGUGGGUCUAUAGUACUGGUGUUCGGCGACAUGCGCACUGCGGCACUAAAGGCGGAGAUUGUAACGGGGUUACAUGGAAUAGUGACCCUGUCACUAUUCCGGGAUGGCUACAUCGGUCACUCCCCUGGAUAG